AUGAACAAUUUGACUAAAGUUAUAUUGAAUGAAGAUUUUGAUGAAUCUUCAUCAUCUGAUGAUGAUAUCAUCAUGAUGCAACUAUUCACAGCACAACAACAAAUAUUACAGAGGUUAAGCCUAAACCAACAAACCAAAUAUGUUGGUUCCACAAGUGGUCAUCGAUACAUUAAUCAUGAGAGGGUCAAAGGCGAUAAACAAAUUUAUAGAGAUUAUUUUGUAGAUAAUCCUGUCUAUCCAAAAGAAUACUUCCGAAGACAUUUUCAAAUGAGGCAGUCAUUGUUUGUUAGUAUCUUACACGAUAUUCAACAAAUGAAUGAGUACUUCAUCCAAACCCGUGAUGCUACUGGUGCUCCUGGAUUAUCCAGUGUACAGAAGAUGACUGUAGCACUUCGGAUCCUCCAGUAUGGCAUACCUGCUGAUACUAUAGACGAGUAA